GCUGCAGUUGUAUUUCACCGCCUGGGUCUCCAGUCAGGCAUGACAUAGUGAGCGCUUCGUGUUUUGACAAUUGGUUGUCGUGCAUAAGUGAUCUUCAUGAGUGGCUUCGUGAGCCAGUCAUGCUCGCUCCCCCUGUGAAUCCACUGUCUGUAUGUUUUGCUGUAAUCCCCUGAGUCUCGGCUCCCUCAAGGGCAGCUGGUUUGUUUGUCUUAUCCUUGCUUAUGCUAGUGAAAAGUUAAUUACUGUGUGUUCUAAGAAUCCAGUGCCAUGCUAUAGCAACUCAAAUUGAUUUUGUAGUAGGUGCAUGGUAAGUGACAACCCGUUUUCAAGACACCAGGUAGACGUUUACCCUCUGAUUAUCUUCUCCUUCCACGUGUCUUGAUGAUUUGUACCUAGGCACAAGCAGUUUUUCAGCUGCAAAAGGCUGUGGCUGAGAAUUCUAAAGUUGGUAAAGUUUCUGACAACUCAUGUUUCAUUUUAGCUUUUGUCUUACCAUGCCCACUCCCAGCUCCCAGAUGUAUGCUUAUGCUUGUAAUUUGCUUUAAAACUUGACUGCUUUGACUGUGUGUGGAUUUGGAGGUGGGAUACAUAACUAUUCAAUUUGGCUAAUGCUACUGUCCAGUAAGUUGAAUACAUAAAUAGGGACUCUGGAGUAUCUUUCAUACAGGAAAAAAAAAUCACAUUGCUGUAUAAACCUGUGUUAUUUGAUGAUUUCUUUGCUGUGUUAUUAGUAAAAAACAGAACUGGAAAGGCCUUGGAAAAUGUAUAGUUUUUCAAGGUGAGGGAUAUUUUUUGAAGACAUAGUCAAGAAGAGACAAUAUACAGGUGUUGUGCUUGGAGCCCUGUGGUGUUUGAGGGAAGCAAGGGAGGGAGAGCAUCAAGUACCUCCUGAACACCAAGUGUAUGAAUUGGGAUGUGCAAACCAACAGAGCUUCCUGGGUUUUCUUGCUGAAUUGUUGGGUUUAGCAUACGUUCGUUUCUUUCAAUCUGUUUUAUGAGUAUUUGAUCACUAGUUGAGUUGUGUGCACAUUGUUUCAUAAACUAUGGUGGCACACAACAGAUCGAGAAGCUAAGCAGGGAUAUUUAUGCCAUGUAAGUGAAUGAAUGCUCCUAAAAGUCUGAAGACUGUAGUAGUAUUCAGCAAUUUUCUAACUGGAAGGGUUUUUCUCACCUUGACGUGGUGCAUUUCUUUUCCUCCAGUUUGCAAGUCAUGUGCUCUCCGAAGAUUUUCCAUCCAGCCUGCCCAGCAGAAGAAGAUUCCAAACCGGUAUUUGGGCCAGCCCAGCCCUAUCACACACCCACAUCUGCUCAAGCCAGGAGAGGUAACCCCAGGAUUGUCACAGGUGGAAUAUGCUCUUCGCCGGCACAAACUGAUGGUGUUGAUCCAGAAGGAAGCCCAUGGAUGGGAUGGAUUGGACCACACAGUGAUUCUGCUAUCCAACCCCACAUAUUACAUGAGCAAUGACAUCCCCUACAUUUUCCACCAGGACACUAACUUCCUGUACCUCUGUGGGUUUCAGGAGCCUGACAGCAUCCUGGUGCUGCAGAGCAUUCCUGGCAAAGCGCUGCCAUCCCACAAAUCCAUACUUUUUGUGCCCCGGAGAGAUCCAAAGCGAGAAUUGUGGGACGGGCCCAGAUCAGGCCCAGAUGGGGCCAUUGCUCUCACAGGAGUAGAUGAAGCUUACACCAUUGAUGAGUUCAGGCACUUGGUGGCCAAGCUGAAAGGUGAGUCAAACAUUGUUUGGUAUGACUUGAUUAAACCAGUGCAUACAGAGCUGCACUCUGACUACAUGCAGCCGCUGGCCGAGAUAAAAGCUCGGAGCAAAAACCGCAUCCAAGGCAUCCGACAUUUAGUGCAAAACCUUCGACUGAUCAAAUCCCCGGCAGAGAUUGAAAGGAUGAAGAUAGCUGGACGGGUGACAGCAGAGGCUUUCACAGAGACAAUGUUUGCCAGCAAAUCCCCAGUGGAUGAAGCCUUUCUAUAUGCAAAGUUUGAGUUCGAGUGCCGGGCUCGUGGUGCUGACAUCUUGGCAUACCCCCCUGUUGUUGCAGGUGGCAACAGAUCAAACACUUUGCACUAUGUGAAGAACAAUCAGCUCAUCAAGGGUGGUGAACUGGUCUUGUUAGAUGGUGGAUGUGAAUUGUCCUGCUAUGUGAGUGACAUCACACGUACCUGGCCUGUCAAUGGAAGGUUCACCAAACCCCAAGCAGAACUAUACCAGGCUGUCCUGGAUAUCCAGAAGUCCUGCUUGAGCCUCUGCUCUCCAGGCAUGAGUCUGGAAAAUAUCUACAGCCUCAUGCUGAGCCUUAUUGGACAGAAACUGAAAGAGUUGGGUGUCCUAGAGAGCAGCAUCACUGACAGCCAUUUCUUCAAGGCUGUCCAAAAGUACUGCCCACAUCAUGUGGGUCAUUACUUGGGCAUGGAUGUUCACGAUACCCCAGAUAUAUCCCGGUCACUCCCGUUCCAGCCAGGCAUGGUGAUAACCAUUGAACCAGGCAUUUAUAUCCCUGAGGAUGACAUGAGUGCUCCAGAGAGGUUUCGUGGCAUUGGUGUGCGCAUUGAGGAUGAUGUUGUGAUAACAGAGGAGGCACCUCUUGUCUUGUCUGCUGACUGUCCCAAGGAGAUCUACCACAUCGAGCAGAUCUGUGGCCGCAGCUCAUGAUGCCCCUUCUCUGCCUCUUUCAUCCUCCUCAGGAUACGCAGCCCUCCAGGGAUGCAGAUCCCUGUAACUGGCUGUAGUUGUCAAGUGAUGAAGGGCAUCGACAGUUGAUGGCUGUUUCCAGGACUGGGGCUGGACAGUGGAAUUUAAAAGGCAUGGGUACUGAGGGAUGAAAAAGCAAAGCAACCUUUUCUGUAUGCAUUUUUCUUAUUAUUUGUGCUGAUGUUGAGCUGUUAUAGGACAUGGGGGUGGAUUCAUCCCUCUGCUGUGUGGAUCCAUGUGUUCUGGUCCUGCUGGGGGUUUGAAUUUUUUCAGUGCCAGCAGCAGGGCUUCUGCUUGGUCCCUCUCCAGAUGCAUAGGUACAACUGCUGAGACCAGGGCCCCGUUUUUUCCCAUUCAGCAGUAGUUUCACAACAAUCAGAUUCUAAAAAUAAAGCUUUGAUAAAUGCUGUUUUGGGAUAAUAAAGUGUGUCAGACAGAUUUGAUUUUUAUAGAGCCGUGUAAGGAGGGGGUUUGGUAAUCAGGAAGAUGGAUUUGGUGGAGAGGUGGUUUUCUCUGAAGCCUGUGGAGAAUGCUUUUGGUAUUUUAAGGAUAAGGAUGGGUUUGGGCCUUGUUCAGGCAUAUGUAAAAGAGGCCUGCAGCAGGGAAAAACACCUCAUCUGGUCUUUCAGCUUAUUGGAGUGUUUGAUAAUUUCAGAAAGGCUGAAUAGGGCUCAAGCAUUUGGACAUACCUGUUCUUACUGUCUUCCACAUUCCCUUCUUUUUGUCCCAAAGGUCCAUUCCUUUCUUCUAUUCUGAGUCCCUGUCUACCCUAGGAAGCAGGGCCGUGUUGGCUGUGCUGGACUCCACUGGUGAGCUGCUGGCUGUCACCUAGAUGUGAGGUGUCCAGUUCUGGGACAGUCACAGCACCUUUCUGGUUUAUGCUUACUGUAUGCUGAAAGUGCCAGCAGCUUCACCAGUGUGUUUUUGAAGAGUAUGUCCUAUGGCGAGUGUCAAGUCUUUACACAGCUUUGAUAUGGAAUUUAAUGGAAUUUAAAGUAAUUCUCCUUUUCAGAACUCUGAGGGCAUGAUCACAAUUGCCUUUUGGGUUUUGCCAAGUGCUCUGUGAUAAUACUUUUGAGGCAGCUGCUAAUAUGAUUAGGGGCUGGGCUGGAUAAGGAUUAAAGAGAAGAGUUGUCUACCCUCAAUAUCACCACCCGGUAUUACCACCCAGGCUAUUGUAUGCCAUAGUAAAUACAUCUACUAGAGGCAAACACGGCAUCUGUGUAUUUACUGAAAAUAUUUUGACAAUCAACUAUUUAACAUGUCUGAAAAAUGCUUCUCAUCAGUGCAUCUCCUGUUAUUUAUGCUUGCUGCUGCAUCACCUUACUUCCUUUCUGAUGGUAGCUUUCAGUGCUUUUCAUCUGUUAUUCUAAAUUUUCUUUUUCUCUUCUUUUCCUAGAUUGUCUGUUUUUGACCCACUAGAAUGUCACUGCUUCCUAAUCCAUUUUACUUUCUUAUCAACGUUGCUAGCUCUUCCCCAGUUUGCCCUAAUUCCCCAUAGUGAAUGUAGCCAGAAGCAUGUGGGGAAGGUGGUCAGGGUUCUGGAGUUUGAUCUCUGGCUCUGAUGCUAUGUGAUCUCUAGUGAAAUCUGAGUGCUGUUUUUGGGUUUGUUGUUGGUUUUUUUCGUUCUUUCCUGUGUUUCAUUUCACUUAGUGAAGGCCAAAUGGACAGUGUCUUGCAUCUCUCAUUGCAAUUUGAUGGGAGCUGGGUGCACACACUGGGGUUUGAAUUUUGGCACCUAAAAGGCAACCAAGACAUGCCAUAAUUGUAUGUUCUAAACAUGACAAAAAUAAAUGCUUUUACGGGGUUUAGUGUAUCAAGUUUCACCUAGUUAAGAGGAUCUGCUAAUCUUUGAUGGCAGCAUUUGCUAAAUAUUCAGGUGUUGCAGUGAUAGGUACAGUGUAAAUUGUUAGAAGGAAGGCUUGCUAAGUCUGGACACAGACCUGAUGAAUACUUCUGAUGAAUACUUUCUGAUCUGUAACAUGUUUGUUGUUCCAAUUACACCUGUUAGAGCCAUAUCAACUGGGCCAAAUAUUGGGGAUUUUGGAACUAUGUAAGCAGCUUAAAAUAAAUUAAUCUGAGAGCUACAUGUGUGUGCUGGUCUGCACAUCUGCCCAUAUACCUAACAGAGUUAAUAAUUGUACUUACUGUAAAUAAGCCUUUUAAGUACAUAUUUGAAAAGGUUAUUUUUUAAAUAAAUUUGUAGAAAGUCAUUUCUCAGGCCAUCAAGUUGCGUGGCUGUUGAAUAGAUAUAAGUACGUCCAGAAAAAGCAUUAUUUUUCAGGGAGAUUUAUAAAUUACCUGUAUCUUGUCUUGGACUUGAAAUAACAUUGCCAAAUGUAGGCACACACAGAUUCCUACUCCUCUCAGGAAAACCCUGCAACUUGUGAACACCAGUAGAUCUUACGAAUGCUGUAGAUGAAUGUUUCUGUCAGUAAAGAAGCAUUUGUGGCUCUGCUGAGUGGGGAGUAAUGGAUCUGCUAUGGCUGCUGUGCCUCACUGUGCUGUGACUGAUUUAGGCCGUGCAUAUUCUGUAAUUCUUCCUUUGGUAUCAUGAUCUGUAAUUCUUCCACUGUGUUCAGCUAUUUCUUCAGCAUAAACCUCUGCUAUUUUGAAUCUGUUGUUCCAUAUAAAGAGUGCAUUUUGCACAAGGUAAUAAAUCUACGUCCUAUGAACCUAA